AAGUCGGCCUACAAGGGGCUCUACUCUGGCACGUGCACCUUUGCGAUAAUGGUGCCAUUCGGCGAACUACGUGUAUCAUCUCUCUGAGAGCUACUCCCGCCAACAUGUCUACCGGACCCUGCGGAAGCGUGCAUCUGGGGUACAGGGAUGUUGGUGUACUCAACGGCCGUACCACACAGGUCGUCUCGGACUACUGUCGCCGCAACACUCGCACCAGGCGUCGGGAUCUUGGGUCCCCAACUAUGCAGAGUCCCUCGAGAUCCAGCCAAACCCCGGAUUCCGCCCCGUUCCCCAUGCCUUCGCUGACCGGCCAGGCGGUUCAAGUUGGUCAACGUGAAGGCGAAACACGGACCUGCUCCGCGUUUGGCACGAAUAAAAUGUUACAUAACAUGGAUGACAAGUCAGACCUGUCGGCAACUGGAGACGGCCGAGGUCAAUUUGAGGCCCUCGUAUGGUCGGCCAACUUCUUAGCUCAAAUUGCACCUUUGACCCCGGAAAUGUGAUCGUCUCUCGCCACGGGGUCGACUGGAACAUGAUUAGCCUGUGUUCGCUACUGUUCCCUAUCACCGUCGGUAGCCUACUUGAACUGCAUACCAUACACUAGGUGGGUGUCUCUAUUCCCGAUCGGCAAAUCUUCAACUUGACAGCACGAGAAACCGAGCAUACCAGCAUUCGGCCAACUCUUCUGAUAUCGUGGGGUAUGCCAACCAUGUGCGGGCUGUGCCCAGCUGGUGUUACAUUGUUCCACGGCAUUUCUAUGGAACUCUCCAGGCUAUCCAGGUGGCACUCAUGCAUAGGCGGCAUUUGAUAGUGGCGUAUCCCAGGACAAAAGCCCCAGAGUCCCCAGAAUACCUGCCAGAAUGAUCGGUCAAGUCAAGGCUGAGGUGAUAUGAAAAAGGCCUAUUAUUGCUCUCCUUUCUUCUGUCAAACCCAAUCAUCUCCAGAUCGCGGCCUUGACACUACUAUCACUAUAUCAUAUGAUAUUCUAGACAGCCUUAUAACCGAACGACAAUCUAUGCUCCGUGGUCGGCCAAUCUAAGUGGGUUGCAGAGCUAGCAUUAUUGCCAUUCCCCUAGUUUCGGCACGAAUAUAUCUAAAUCAAACGACAUCGUCAAGAUAAGAAAGAUAAUUUUGCAUUGUCUGAGCUACCUAUCGUUCGACUGAACAUCAACCGGCCUUAUUGUUCAAUUGGCCCUUCUCUGCUCUCCCUGGUUACCAUACCAAGACGAGGCACACGACCGUAUUGUGACAGUUCAUCAAGAGACAAGCACUUGGCACGAACGUCCAGCAAACACACGACAACUACUAGAAGAAAGGAACCACCUAGACAACUCGCCCAUCAUGGCCAUUCAACCAGUCCAGCCAGAGCAACUCUCCAUCCCCAUUAUCGACCUUGAGCCAGUCCGGAAAGGCACUCCUGAAGAGGCACGUGAGACGGGCAAGAAAGUGUUCGAAGCCUUCCGAGACGUCGGUUUCGCCUAUAUCAAGAACCACGGACUGCCUCAAGAACUGCAAGACAAAGCAUUCGAAUGGAGCGCCAAGUUUUUCGAUCUUCCCCAAGCCGACAAGGACAAAGCCCCCCACCCACCGGAGGGAUGGUGGCACCGGGGCUACUCGGGCGUUGGCCGCGAGAAGGUAGUACAGAUGGUCUUUGACAAGGAAUCGAUCAGCAAGCUCCGUCAGACCCCGGACUUCAAGGAAUCAUUUGAGCUUGGCCGCGAGGACGACGAACGCACGCCCAACAUUUGGUUCCCCGAGGAAGUGCUGCCCGGGUUCCGAAAAUUCAUGCUCGACUUCUUCGAGACGUGCUACUACGUCGAACUGGACCUUCUGCGCGCCAUCGCGCUGGGCAUGGACCUGCCCGAGAACUUUUUCAAAGAAUACCACCUGAAAAAGGACAACCAGCUGCGUCUGCUGCAUUACCCACCCGUCGAGGCGGAGCUGCUGAACGACGGCAAGAUGGAACGGAUUGCGGCUCACUCCGACUUCGGCACCAUGACCUUGCUGUUGCAGGACCAGGUCGGCGGCCUCGAGGUCGAAGAUAUCCAUGCAAAGGGCAAAUUCAAUCCGGCACCAUAUAUCCCCGGCACGAUUGUCGUCAACAUCGGCGACUUCUUGCAGAGAUGGAGCAACGACACUCUCAAGUCCACGCUGCAUCGUGUCCGUGCUCCACCCUUGGUCAAGGGAAUCACAAAGGCGAGGUACUCCAUCCCUUACUUUGUCACUGCCGACAGGGAAAAGACUAUUGAUUGCAUCCCUGGCUGUUAUGAUGAGCAGAACCCGAAGAAAUAUGAACCCAUCAAUGCCAGAGAAUAUAUCGAGAUGAGAUUGAAUGCAACUUACUAAAAGAUUGGUUGGCUGGUGAAGGUGCAGGGGGAGUAGGGGCAUGGUCUGGACGAAGGAAUGACAUAUAUGUCAUAUCAUGUUAUGUUAUAUCUGCUCCUGCUCGUCGAUGAUUAUUAUGAUAACUUUAGUUUAUGUUGUCUUGAUCGCAGAUGAUAUGUUCCUUUCAAGACGUUAAUCCCAGAUUGCUG